AUGUCCAUCGUAAUCCAUGACGUUUGUAGUAUAAUGGUACAAUUCCGAACCGAGCUGCCAAAUGCAACUGCACAUAUUACUUUCAGCAGCUGCACACAUUCGCGGCUUUUGCAGCUGCAGCGUGCAGUCGGAAUGUGUCCAAGAGUGGCGGCACAUGCUGCGACUAGACAACCAACACUAGGCGGCGGCCAUUUCUUGUUCCUGACAAACUUAUUUUUCUGGCAAAACACGUCCGUAUACUUUGGCGGGCGCUGCAUUACUGAUCCGCAGCCGCAGCAGCUGCCAUUGGUAGCUCUGUUCUGGAUAGUACCUUUAAAGUACUAUCACGAACCGAGCUGUACCUUAAUAGUGAAAAGCAGUCAGUCCAAAUAG